AAUCACUCACCAGUCAUGCAGCAGUUUAGCUGAGAGAAGACGCGCUUAUAUGUAGGAUGCAAUAGUAUUCUUCCCCUAGUUCUCAUUUUUCAUCUGUGAAUGAUUCAUGUUGUGAGGUGUCUCUGUAUGUGCUAGGCCUAGGACACACAAGGUGUGCACGGUUCUCAUCUCUUCUGGUUCACGGGUUUUCAUUGUGAACAAGGCUUUCUGUUGUUGGGUUGGUAAUUUGCGCGAGUGACGGAGGUGGAUGAAGAUCCAGUAGUUGAUUGGCGGAGGAUUGGCUCAACUAAAAGCCUGCAUUUUCAUCAAACUUGUUCAGUCGGUGUCAGACAUCCGCGCUCUCACCAUGAAUCUGUUCGGUUGCGCCGAUAUUUCCUUAUUCGAUUCUUUCACAAUCAUGGGUCCCCACAGCUGUAAGGACUACAUGCCAUCUCCAGGCAUGGCCAGUAGUAACAGUAGUAAUUCACUGAAUGGUGCACAUCACUACGAAAUGAUGGGAUUACCAUCGAUGCCCAUGCCAUGGUUCGGAAUGGAUAUUGGAGGCACCCUCUCCAAGCUUGUGUAUUUCGAGCCCAAAGAUAUGACUGAUGACGAAUCUGAUUCAGAAAUAGAAACACUGAAAAAUAUCAGGAGAUAUUUAACGAAAAACUCAGCCUACGGCUCAACAGGUCACCGGGAUAUCCACCUUCAGAUGGAUAACGUGCAAGUUGGUGGAAGAACAGGAACCCUCCAUUUUAUCCGUUUUCCAACAUCAGAAAUGGGAAAUUUCCUGGAGCUUGCCAAGAGCAAAGGCAUGGCAACUCUAAUAACCACCGUCUGUGCUACGGGAGGUGGAGCCUAUAAGUUUGAAGAUAGCUUUAGAAGGGAAGUAAACAUGAAGCUGGCAAAGUUCGAUGAGUUGGACUCUCUAAUCAGAGGAAUGCUCUACGUUGAAACCAACAAUCCUCGCGAAUGCUAUUACUGGGCGAAUCCCACUGAUUCCGACCGAUGUCAUAAGGUCGCUUAUGACUUCUCCAAACCAUAUCCGUUCCUAUGUUUAUGUUACAGCUUAGGAGGAGGUACAUUCCUGGGAUUAUGCUGCCUGCUAACAGGUUGCAAUUCGUUCGAAGAGGCCAUAGAGCUGGCAUCUGGAGGUGACAAUUCGCAUGUCGACAAGUUUGUCAAGGACAUCUAUGGUGGAGACUACCAGAGGUUCGGUCUACCAGGCGAUCUUGUUGCUAGCAGUUUCAUGGGUCUGUACAGCUUUGGACAGAUGAACUCCAAGGAGAAGCGUGCGUCGGUGUCACGUGAGGACCUCGCCCGCGCCACCCUCGUCACCAUCACUAACAACAUCGGCUCCCUCGCCAGGAUGUGCGCCAUCAACGAAAAAGUCAACAGGGUAGUGUUUGCCGGAAAUUUCUUGAGAGUAAAUCCAAUUUCAAUGAAACUGCUCGCUUAUGCUAUGGAUUACUGGUCCAAUGGAACGCUUAAGGCCCUCUUUCUUGAACAUGAGGGCUACUUUGGUGCAGUGGGCUGUUUGCUGGCGUUCAAUGAAGAGGUCAGCUGAAAAAACUGUCUCACCUGUCUUUCACCUGCUGCUUUGUGCUUUUUAUUUUCGAACUGAGUGAAAAUUGAAGCCAUCGCAGUAAAACUAAGCCUGUGGGACUCAGCUACAAGUUGAUAAAAUGUGAUAUUUUCUCCCAAAAACGCUCCUCCAAACUAUAUGGUUAUAUAGUUACUGUACUCCAAACUACAUCUCCAAAACGGGGCUUUGUCGAACAUUCUCUAUAAGUCAAAGAUCAUCUGUCAAAGAUUUUUAAUAUAAGUCACACAUCUAAUUUA